UCGACGACGGCCCACAGGCCUCCACGUACGCCACUAAACUACAUCCACGCACCCAGUCACGCACCCACGGCUCUACCCUCUCUUCCCCCCGUUGGCACGGGUGGCUCAGACCGCCGCGCGUAAACCCAGUCCAGUGCAGCAGCAUGGCUGCCAUGGUCAGAGCAUGCAUGCCACUCCGCACCCCUCCUGCCGCCGCGUCCUCCGCCGCCACGGCGCCCGCUGCCCCGAGCAAGCCGCGCUCGAGUGCCCGCGUCCUCGUGCUCGGCGGCACCGGCCGCGUCGGCGGCUCCACGGCCACCGCGCUCUCCAAGCUACGCCCCGACCUUAACAUCCUCAUCGGCGGCAGGAACCGGGAGAAAGGUGAGUCUUUGGCAUCUGAGCUUGGUGAGCAAUCCGAGUUUGUGAAAAUUGAUACUGGCAACGCAGCCAUGUUGGAGAAAGCGCUAGAGGAUGUGGACUUGGUUGUUCAUACUGCUGGGCCUUUCCAAAGGGAGGCUGAAUGCACCGUCCUGCGGGCGGCGAUAUCGACCAAGACAGCAUAUAUCGAUGUUUGUGAUGAUAUGGACUAUUCAUGGAGAGCCAAAGCUUUUCAUGAAGAAGCAAAAGCUCAAGGUGUUCCAGCUAUUACAACAGCCGGCAUAUAUCCUGGAGUGAGCAAUGGUAUUACUUCAGAUUCAUGCCAUACAACACCAUCAAUUUGGCUUGCUAUUUUUUUCUUCAUCCACAUCUCUGUGAUGGCUGCUGAGCUUGUGAAUGCUGCAAGAAGUGAAGAUGGAGAACCUGAAAGACUAAGAUUCUUCUAUUAUACUGCAGGCUCUGGUGGUGCUGGCCCAACAAUAUUGGCGACAAGUUUUCUGCUUCUUGGGGAGGAUGUAAUUGCAUAUAACAAAGGAGAAGAAAUCAAAUUGAAGCCCUACAGUGGAGUUCUCAACAUUGAUUUCGGAAAAGGGGUCAGAAAGAGAGAUGUUUACUUACUGAAUUUACCUGAAGUGAAGAGUGCUCAUAAAUUUUUAGGUGUCCCAACUGUCAGUGCUCGAUUUGGUACUGCUCCUUUCUUCUGGAAUUGGGGAAUGGAGGCUUUCGCUAAUUUUUUACCUGUUGAGUUGUUAAGGGAUAAAGAUAAGGUUGGAAAGUUGGUUGAACAAAUUGAUCCCCUUGUUCGAGCCAUUGAUGGCAUUGUAGGAGAGCGUGUGUCCAUGAGAGUAGACUUGGAGUGUUCGAAUGGCCGAAAUACUAUUGGAUUAUUUUCUCAUAGAAAACUAUCUGUAUCGGUGGGCCAUUCAACGGCUGCAUUUGUUCAAGCAGUUCUGGAGGGAAGCACACAACCAGGUGUUUGGUUUCCGGAAGAGCCAGAGGGAAUAGCAAUUGAAUCAAGGAAGCUGCUUCUUGAGCGUGCAUCCCAAGGAACAACAAACUUCGUGAUGAACAAGCCUUCAUGGAUGAUAGAGACUGAUCCAAAGGAAGUUAUCCUAGGAAUAUACGUGUGAGAAAAAAACUGGAAAAAGAAACACACACAGUUGAAUAUGGAUAGAUCAGUUUAUAACUCUAUCCUAAUUUUGUCGAUCGGAUAUUGGAGAAACUUACAGAAGUUCUGGAGUUAUUACCGAGGAUCAAAAGUAGCCACAAUUAGUACGGUGUAGACUGCAGCAAGGAGAAUCCUCUCCAUAACAUUCCUGUGAGACAUUUUAGAAAAUGCUGUAAAUAACAUAAUGAUCAAUACAUUUAGCAUUACAAAACUGCAACUGAGAAAGGACAUGCUAGCCUAUUCGACAAGUUGGGGUAAGGAAUUCGUGAAUUGUAUGAUGAUAGAACAUAAGAGUUACUCCCUCCGUUCUGAAUUAUAAGAUGUUCUAACUAUUUUCUGAAUCA